AGAGCUUCAAAAACUAAACAAUAUCUAAAAAUUUCAAAUAAUUAGGUACCUUCUUGACAUGAUAUUCGGACGGUAUAAAUAGUCGGCCAUUGCAGGGCACUUUAAAAUCACUAGUUACUGUUUUAACUGCUGCAGCGGAUGCUUUUUAGUUUAUUCUCUUCUUUUAGGAUUAUUUUCCAGCUAAACCGUAAUAAUGGCUCGACUCGUAAUUCUGCUGUCCAUCGUAUUAUUCAGCGUGUAUCAGACUGAACAAGCGUAUUUCCUGCAGAAAAGUUACAUCGACACGAUCAACGAAGUCGCGAGUACCUGGAAGGCUGGUGUUAAUUUCGACCCGAGUACACCAGAGGAGGACAUAGUUAAGCUGUUGGGAUCUACGGGGGUGGAAUCUGCCAUGAAAGCGAGUGCAAAUGAGUUCAAAACGGACGACGUCGCUUACGACAAAUUUUACGGCUAUACUCCGCGGACAUUCGACGCCAGGAAGAUGUGGAGACAUUGCAAGACAAUUGGAGAAGUUCGGGACCAAGGACAUUGCGGUUCCUGCUGGGCAUUUGGAACCAGCUCAGCGUUCGCCGAUCGUUUGUGCGUGGCCACUGACGGAGAUUUCAACGAACUGCUGUCCGCCGAAGAGAUAACGUUUUGCUGUCACACGUGCGGACAUGGUUGUAACGGAGGCAACCCGUUGAAAGCCUGGAAAUAUUUCAGUAAACACGGGUUGGUCACCGGAGGAAAUUAUAAAUCUGGAGAGGGAUGCGAGCCAUACCGAGUUCCACCGUGCCCUCGAGACGAACAAGGGAAAAACACGUGCGCUGGUAAACCAAGGGAAAAAAAUCACAGAUGUACGAGAAUGUGCUAUGGAAAUCAGGACCUCGAUUAUGACGACGAUCACAGAUACACACGCGACUACUACCGCCUGACUUACGGCAGCAUCCAAAAGGACGUCAUGACUCACGGACCAAUCGAAGCAUCGUUCGAUGUGUACGACGAUUUCCCCAGUUACAAGUCGGGCGUUUACGUGAAGACCGAAAACGCCUCGUACUUGGGAGGACACGCAGUGAAGUUGAUCGGUUGGGGUGUUGAAGAAGGAACUCCGUAUUGGUUGAUGGUCAACUCGUGGAACGCACAGUGGGGAGACAACGGUCUUUUCAAAAUUCGUCGAGGCACAAAUGAAUGUCGUAUCGAUAAUUCGACAACCGGUGGUGUGCCAGUGACUAAUUAACUUAUAAUAUAAUGGUACCGGCCUAUUAAAAUAAGAACACUGCUGUAAAACUGUACUACAUUUUUACGUUUAAACUUUAAAUAAAAUAAAUAAAUAAUUUUAUCAACAACA